GUCAGGAGGGCACUAUGCUGGGAUCAAGAGGGCACAGUACAGGGGGAGUCAGGAGGGCACUAUGCUGGGACCAGGAGGGCACAGUACAGGGGGAGGGGAGUCAGCAGGGCACUAUGCUGGUACCAGGAGGGCACUAUACUGGGAUCAGGAGGGCACAGCACAGGGGGGAGUCAGGAGGGCACUAUGCUGGGAUCAGGAGGGCACAGUACAGGGGGAGUCAGGAGGGCACUAUGCUGGGACCAGGGAGGGCACUAUACUGGGAUCAGGAGGGCACAGCACAGGGGGGAGUCAGGAGGGCACUAUGCUGGGAUCAGGAGGGCACAGUACAGGGGGAGUCAGGA